AGCCUUUCUACCGUCUGGGAAGACAUCGGCCGGAAGACCUUUCAUUACCAGGUGACAUUGCCGUGAGCUCGGGCAGUACUGAGAUCGGACCGGAGGACCAUCGUUCAGUUACAUCAGCUGGCUGUCAUCACCUUUGCGAAAACUCGUUGGAUCAGAAUGGAGACCAUCGUCCGUCGCUGUCCUUUCCUCGCCAGGGUUUCUCAGACCUUCCUGCAGAAAGCUGGCAAGUCGCUGACUACGUACGCACAGAACUGCCCUGUGAUGAUGAGUUCCAAGCCAUUGUCAAGCGCCCCGUUGAGCACCUCCGCUGUGCAUCGCCAGGAGGUCAAGGAGACGUCUUCCGAUGCCAAGAAGCUGCCUAAUGCCAACAUCCAGCCGCCAGCAGAUCACGCGGGACCCGCGAGCGCCCAGGCCGCGUCUAAGUGCCCUUUUCUAGCAGCCGAGAUGGGCCACGAAAAAAGCAGCGUCUUCCGGAAGGCCAGCCUUGCGUUACAAGAGGAUGUGCGUGAAAUGCAGACGAUGAGGAAAGAUUUCGGCGAUCCGGCACAAGAGUCUGGAGCAGGGACGGCCAACGUGCAUAAGAAGAUUAACGUGCUGGAGAAAUUCCAAGAGAAGGUGCUAAGUCAGAAGCCCGAGCUGGUCUCCCACCUUCUUCAGGAUAACAUGCCCAAAUCUGUACGCACGUUCCAGUACGACAAGUUCUUCGAGAAGAAAAUCGAAGAGAAAAAAAGUGACCAUACAUACAGGGUCUUCAAAACUGUGAAUCGACGCGCGCAGGUCUUUCCGAUGGCCGACGACUAUUCUGACACUUUGACCAGUAAGAAAACCGUCUCCGUCUGGUGUUCCAACGACUACCUUGGAAUGAGCCGGCACCCUAAAGUUGUCGAAGCUGUUAUGGAAACACUAAAGAACCACGGAGCAGGAGCUGGUGGAACCAGGAACAUCUCCGGGACAAGUAAAUUUCAUGUGGAUCUAGAACGCGAAUUGGCCGAUCUUCACGGGAAAGAUGCAGCCUUGUUGUUUUCUUCAUGCUUUGUGGCAAACGAUUCCACACUUUUCACUCUGGCCAAAAUGUUACCAGGAUGUGAGAUAUACUCUGAUGCUGGGAACCAUGCCUCAAUGAUUCAAGGGAUCCGCAACAGCAAGGUGCCCAAAUAUGUCUUUCGUCACAAUGACGUGGGCCAUCUCCGUGACCUUCUGAAGAACUCUAAUCCGUCCACCCCCAAGAUUGUGGCCUUCGAAACAGUCCAUUCCAUGGAUGGUGCCGUCUGUCCUCUGGAGGAAAUGUGCGACGUGGCCCACGAAUACGGAGCGAUUACAUUUGUUGAUGAAGUUCACGCUGUCGGAUUAUAUGGUGCAAGAGGGGGUGGGAUAGGAGAUCGAGAUGGUGUCAUGAAUAAAAUGGACAUCAUUUCAGGCACUCUAGGGAAGGCAUUCGGCUGCGUCGGGGGAUACGUUGCAAGCACCAAUGGUUUGAUAGACACUGUGCGAUCCUAUGCCGCAGGCUUCAUCUUCACCACGUCCUUACCACCCAUGCUUCUUUCUGGUGCCAUUGCAUCUGUGAAGACCUUGAAGAGCGAAGAAGGUCAGGCUCUCCGUCGGCAGCACCAGCGGAACGUUAAACUGCUGAGACAGAUGCUUAUGGAUGCUGGUCUCCCGGUGGUGCACUGCCCAAGCCACAUAAUCCCAAUCAGAGUUGCAGAUGCUGCCAAAAAUACCGAAAUCUGCGAUAAAUUGAUGAGCAAAUAUGAUAUAUAUGUUCAAGCCAUUAACUAUCCCACCGUUCCACGUGGAGAAGAACUUUUAAGGAUUGCACCCACCCCUCACCACAACCCUCAAAUGAUGGCCUAUUUCCUGGAGAAGCUCCUGAUCACCUGGAAGGAGGUCGGCUUGGAAUUAAAACCUCAUUCUACCGCAGAAUGUAACUUCUGCAGACAGCCGCUGCACUUUGAGGUUAUGACCGAAAGGGAGAAAUCCUAUUUCUCGGGUUUAAGUAAAGUGGUAUCUGCACGUGCCUGACGAUACCUAGAUUUUAAUUAGUCAAAAAAAAAAAAGAA